CAACCCUAAGAAGGGUUUAGAGAUGGCGGCAGAUAAAAAAUUUGAGCUACAAUUUCAUAAAUUCGGCGCCAAAUACACCCGCCUUUUCCCCAAUUUUGCUACUCCUAUUAAAAUCCCCAACAUCUGCGCGCCAAACUGCCACUUCUCUUUCCUCUAAAUUUCAUCUGCUCUCAAUUUCAGUGUGAAACCUUGAGGAGGGCUUCCAUGGCUGCACAAAAGGAACAAGUCGAUGUCGGUGGGUGCGAGAACCAAGAGAAAGACGCGAAACCUAAUGAUGUUGAAGAUGAAGGCCUGAAGGUGGACGACGCUGACGAAGGGGAUGAAGAGAAAGGAGGAGGAGAUGAGGCGAAAGUAGAGGAAGAGAGCGAGGGAGGGAUGGAUGAGGAAGAAGCAGAGGGGGAGGGGAAGGGCGAAGCUGAAAGUGACGAGGGAGAGAAAUUGGAGGAGGAAGAGAGUGAGAAAAAGAAUGAGAAUUUGAAGAAGAGAUCGAGAAAGGAUAAAAAAGGCGAGGCUAUGGAGUUGGAAUCGCCGAGGAGUGAGAGGCCAACGAGGGAGAGGAAAACGGUGGAGAGAUUCAUCGUGGGGGAGAGUCCGAGGGCCUCGGCUAGCAAGACUCUGUCAAUUGAAAAGGGUAAAGGCACACAGCUUAAGGACAUCCCAAAUGUUGCAUUCAAGUUGUCUAAGAGGAAAACUGAUGAGACCCUACAGCUUCUCCACACUGUUCUUUUUGGCAAGAAAUCUAAGGUUCACACCCUUAAGAAAAAUAUAGGCCUCUUUUCUGGUUUUGUAUGGGUUGAGAAUGAGGAAAAGCAGAGGACAAAAGUCAAGGAGAAAUUGGACAAAUGUGUUAGAGGAAAGUUGCUUGAUUUAUGUGAUGUUCUUAACAUCACUGUGAACAAAACCACUACAAAGAAGGAGGAACUUACAACAAUGUUGGUGGACUUCUUGGAAUCUCCACAUGCUACAACAGAUAGCUUGCUUGCUGACAAGGAGAAGAAGGGUAAGAAGCGGAAGAGUAGGGGAUCAACGAACAAAAGUCCCAGUUCUUCUAAUGCAACUGCUGGACAAUCAAAAAAGAAACAAAAAUUGGAUUCUAAAUCUGGGAAGAAGUCAAAGCCUUCUGUAGAAGAAGAGCAAGACCGUGAUGAUGACAAAAGUAAAUCGUCACAAAUUGAAGAUGAUCAUGAUGAUGACAGCAUAGUUGGUGGAGCAGAAAGUGGACAAGAAGAGCAUCACUCAGAAGAAGGAACGGAUGAUGAUGAAGAUGAACCUGAGAAGUAUAUGGUUGUCGAGAAAAGUUCCUCUAAGAAAAGUGCAAAGAAAGAUACUGAGAAGACUGAGUUGAAGUCUAAGUCUGUUGGUAAAGGAAGCCAUGUAACACCGUCGAAAACUGGUAAACCUACCAAAAAACCUUCCAGUUCAGCAUCAAAGAAAGAACCUGCAGCUGAAUCAAACCGUAAAGCUAAGACACCUUCAAGCAAGAAGAAAAAGGAUGAUGAGGAAAGCGAGGAGGACAAUGAAGUACCGACCAAGAAUGCAUCCGCAAGCAAGAAAAAGCCAAGCAAGUCAUUAGAAAAGGAACAAGGGAAAGGGAAAGGUACAAAAGCAGCUGAAAAACAGCCUAGCAGAGAAGAGAUGCAUUCUGUGGUGGCGAAUAUACUGAAGGAAGUUGAUUUUAAUACAGCAACAUUAUCUGACAUUCUACGACAACUUGGGGAGCACUUUGGAGUAGAUCUGAUGCAUAGGAAAACAGAGGUGAAAGAAAUCAUUACUGAAGUAAUAGAAAACAUGUCUGAUGAUGAAGAGGAAGGGGAGGCUGGCUCUGAGGAUGAAGCAGGAAAAGAUGGAGACGAUGAAUGAUGAGCAUCAAUAGCUACCACCGGAGAUUUUCUUCGGUACAAGUUAAUGUAGUUUGAUCAUCUAUUUAUCUACCAUUGAUCGUUGGACCUUGCGCAUAGCAGCAGCUUAAAUUAUAACUUAGGAGCUAAAUGCUAAUGCUGAAAUCAUAACCUUUUACUCUUUUUUUUGGCUUAUAUAGGUAGCGUUUCUUGUGUAUUUUUUGAUGAUCACAUUAUUUGUAUUUAAAUUUGUAGAAUUAGUUUGAGACGUUUCAGAUAAACUAUAUACAGAUAUUUGAAAGUAAGUGAUUUGUAUAAAUUUGCAAUUCAUGUUA